GAUGUUGUAUGCAUGUGAGUGAGUAGUAAAUGCAAAAUGAAUCGAUUUUUCCCAUGCUUGCUAGUGACUACCCUGAUAAUAUAAUGGUUAUUGAAACUCAGUGACGAUUAAAAAGCAGGUAAAUUGAAAUAGUUGAACAUUUGAUUGUAGACAAACCUCGUUAUCAGUUUGAUUUAAUUCAUUUAAUUUCACAUAGUUAGAGAUGAGCAAUCUGAUCCGUUCAAAAUAUCAGUAUGGAGAGUGAAUGCUCCACGGUUUCGUUUUAUUAAAAACUGGAUCAUCGGUUAGGUUAAGCAAGGCUAUCUUUAUUAGUAAGGCCCGGAUCAUCGGUUCAUCAGAGUUCAAUAAGUUUUUCAAUGUACUCUGAUCGAAAACAUUAAGGAUUGAGAAUGAGCUGUUAAAAAUGAUCAUUAAAUAAAAUCUUUGCAUUCAGAUCCUACGCUCUUUGUUACGUUAUCGUUAUCUUGUUUCCAUCUUCUCUCAUUUGACAGUUCUCAUCAGCUAGCAACGGUCAUGUUCUCACUACAAAAGUGAGUGUAACGUCAAACUUGCUAGUCCGUUUAUAAUCAAUCGAGAGUGACAACUUGUUUAAAUUAUUUUUUCGUUCAUUCUAAAAAGUAAAAAUUAUUAAUUUUCAAAGUUCUGUCGAUAUGAUUUUCUAACUGUUAAAUGUAGCAUUUUGUUACAUUCAUGAUGGUAAAUUUUUACUAUAAUUAGACUGAGAGAAUAAAAUGCUGAGGGACUAUUUUUAGUGCAGGAAUCAACUUUGGGGCAAAAUGCAUAAUACUUACUAUCAUAAAUUUGGAAUGUAACAGUUAAUCUUCAUCGACUUGCAUAAAUUAAAACCAAUAGAAUUUUUUUUGUGAGUGCCCGAUGAUAUUCAAAAUCUCCCUUCCAAAAUGGAAAUGAAAAUUCAAAUUUACAUCAAUACCGGCAAUAUUCAUCGGCUAAUGAACCUAAACAAAAUUUAACCUCGACAAUCAACGGUUGGCUUGAUCGAGAGAAUGUUGUCAUAAUAAAAUUAAAACUCAUAGGGUUAAGAUCUAAUAUGUGACUUCUAAAUGUAUUUACCUUUCCAUACGUACCGUGUGAUUUCAUACAGAGUCAGAAAUUGUUGAGAUAUUGUUAAAAAUCUAACAGUGCUUCUUGAUUUCAAUUCUGUCAUACGAGUUACAAUUCUAUCCAAACACAUUGAAACGUCAUUAGAUUCACUUCGGCAUACGGACGAAGACAGAAAAAAUAGUUUAGCUAGGAGCGCCUCUUUUGUUUUUAGAAGAAUGGAUAUACAUAUUCAUAAUAAACGUUCUUAUAGACUUUGUUUUGUAGCCUUUGAACUAAACUAUCGUUUCAAACGUGUGAUUGAUUCGUUUACGUCGAAAUCAUUGAUAUAUUUGAUGUUUCUGUUCGAUGUGAUGGAAAUGGACGCUUAUGCCGAAGUAGUUCUCUACCCAACAGGUAUCUAGCAGAUUUAUCUGAAGGCAGGCUUGAAGUUGACACUCAGCCAAUAUAAGCGCAGAAAAAAAAAAUGUAUCAACACUGUUCGUUGUAAGCAUACAUGUCACCUAAUUACGUAAACUGAGUCAACUUUAGACUAAACUGAACUACUCAUGAAGGGUGCUCAUCCUUUCCCAAGUAAUUUUUUUUUUAAUUUUUAGCUUUUAAACUAGACCAUUAACACAGUUGUUACUUAGACUAGAAAUGAUCAAUUGAUUGCUCAGAUUAAACCCGAUAGGCAAGAGCCAUUAGCUACGGAUCUGGGAAUUGUUGUUCACCGUCAAACCUAUCAGAUCAUCUUAUAUUGAGCAACUUGCCAUCCAUUUCAGUCACCGGCACCAGUAGGAGCACGCUGAACACAUAAAAGGCGACAAGCACAUGCAACACCUGUCCCGGCCUAGAAUAGCUGUAACAUUCCCAAUAAAAAAAAAGGAAAAAAUAUAAGAAAAGACAACACCGUCCUACACGCCACACACGCUGUACCUAAACGACACGUACCCCUAGAAGUUAUUUCUCGCCAUAGUGGCUGCUUCCAUUCAACACAUUAGAAGAAAUAUGUAUCCCAGCGAGCGACUAGAAAGAGAGCAUGCCACAGCUGUUAGAAAUGUUUCUACUAAGUUUGUAUGCAAAAUAACGUAGCGUAUAGUAAUUAGCUUAGAACCGAAACCAUAUCGUCGUCGUCGUCGUCGUCUUCGUGUCCACUCAGAAGAGACUCUCGCAAUAAGAGUCAAAAUAAACCGAAAAUUCUCCGUUGCAAGGAAAACGCAUUCACAUGGCCGAUAUCUUACGGAAAACCAUAGCGAAAAUUAUGCACACAUAAUUAAUAAUUAUAAUCGAUAUAAAUAAACGAAAUCGUCGAGACAGAGAAAUAGCAAGAGCCAAACGCAUAAACAAAUAUGCACGUCGUCGUCGUCGUCGUGGCCGCCGUCAUCGCUCUCAUCAACGUUGUACAGAAAAAAGAAUCCAUCGGUACUUUGCCAUUUGCCGUCGGAAAAUGAGACUGGAAAAUUGCCCACCGGCAGCGUCGCCUUCGUGGACUGUCAGUUGCCAGGAAGUCGUCUAGUUGGACAGAUCAGGGAGAAAAUUUGGGAAAACGGUACGACACCCACUUGAUUUUUCCUCCUAAGAAGUGCAGAGCGGUAUAGCAUCUGUUGGUGUGUAGUGGAAUGGCUAAUGAGUGCUCAGCGGAAGUGACACUGAAACUGAAAGUAGUACAUAGCACCACACAGCAUCCGUCGGCAGCAGAAUGGACAAUUCCCAGACACAGUUUACCGUGCAGGCACAGUAUUCCUUCAAGGGAUCGAAUAAUGAUGAACUGUGCUUCAAGAAGGGUGACAUUAUCACAUUGACCCAGCGCGAGGAUGGCGGCUGGUGGGAAGGUACCCUUGGCGACAAAACGGGCUGGUUUCCGAGCAAUUACGUCAAGGAAUAUGUGGGUCCACUGCCACUUUCGGAAACGAUACGUCCUCCGGAAGACAUUCAAGCCUUUCGUUCGGUUGUAUUUCGCGAUCUGUUGGAAAGCGAACGAGCACAUGUCGCUGAGCUCCGGGGAAUGGUGGAAAAUUUCUUAGAGCCGUUGCAAAGUAGUCAAAUUUUGAAUACCGAUGAAUACACGCAGUUAAUGUGUAACUUUGUCGAGAUUGUUGAAAUGCACGAAGAGUUUCUUCAGAAUCUGGAAGAAUCGAACGAUCGUGUCGGAAAAGUGUUCCUUACGAAAGCUCCCACCAUGAAAAUAAUACACCAAUGCUAUUGUUCGGCGCAUCCUCGUGCCAUCGUUAUUGUUGAUAAGUAUCGCGACGAACUGAAUGCGUUUAUGGAAAAGCAAGGUGCGGCUAAACCCGGUCUGUUGGUCCUAACCACCGGUCUGUCCAAACCCUUCCGUCGGUUGGAUAAAUAUUCUGCCAUUUUACAAGAGCUUGAAAGACACAUGGAAAGUUGCCAUCCGGACCGAGGAGACACUCAACGUAGCAUAGCGGUUUACAAGGAUAUUGCUUCAUCUUGUGCGGCUACUCGCAGGCAAAAGGAACUAGAAUUACAAAUCCUAACUGGACCGAUUCGGGGUUGGCAAGGUCAAGAACUUACUACUUUGGGUGAAAUAAUCCAUAUGGGUAGCGUUGCCGUUGGUCCCGAGCACAAAGACCGUUACUUUGUGCUUUUUCCGCAAACGUUGCUCAUUUUGAGCGUAAGUCAGAGAAUGAGUGCCUUCAAGUACGAGGGAAAACUUCCGUUAACUGGCAUCAGUGUGAAUCGUUUGGAAGAUUCAGAGCAAUUGAAAAAUGCAUUCGAAAUAACAGGAUCACUGAUCGAUAGAAUUGUAGCCGUUUGUCAAGGGCCGAACGAGGCAAAUAAAUGGGUCGAUCUUCUCGGUGCAAAGCUAGCAGGACUUGAUGGUCAACCGGGAAAGGAUAUGAAAAGAAUUGUGAGCAGUUCCGCGGUUAACAUUCCGCAGCCUCCACCUCAUAGUAAAGAAACGCUCGACACACGUGGAUACUGCACCCGCGUGUCCGUAUGUGCAUACAGUCAAAACUAUCAACCGACUUUUCCGCCUAGCUCUUAUCCACCUACGGCACCGUACACCGCGCUAACGUCCUUCUUUCGACACCUGUUCAAAAAUGGUGGCAUGUCGCGGUAUAUUGUGCAAGCAUUGCUCUAUCCCCAAAUCACACAGGAUAUCGAUUUCAGCGAUGUUGUGAUGCGCCGGAGGCAUCGGACUACCAUUCGAAUGUACCGCAGAGACCGGGAAGCGGAGGUUAAAAAAGAAGAUGACGAAGAAGAAGAAGAAGAAGACACAACUCCCGACGAAGAGUCUGGAGAUGAUUCGUGUACUUCGUCAUGUUCAGGUAGAUCAAAUAAUUUGGAACGCCAAAAUGCAGUCGACUAUGGCGAUGAGGAUCCAUAUGAAAUGAUUACGUUUUUCACAGGCCGGAAAAACGAUAGCACUACUAGAGAAAGUACGGUUUAUGAAAGCUACAUCGGUCAUGCGGGAGAAGCGGAUGAACCAGAUGAGUCGUUUUUCUUCAUUCAGGGUCAAUCGGUGAGCGAGGAGAGAAAGAGUAUCGAGAGUCACGGUUCACAUAUCAUUGGUUCAAAAGCGAUUCCCUGUUUAAUGCUGAAUGACUGCGAGUCAUUUGAAAGUGGCGAGGGUAAUGGCAAUGGUGGCACAGGCUCUGUACAUACUACAACGGCAAGAUUGCAUCUCGGGGAGAUCAAGCAGCAGUGUUCGGAGCAGUCUCAAGUAUCUAGUUUUGAGCAUAGAGUAGGCCAUGGCCGUAUGGCGUGUGAGGAUUUAGUGAACUUAGAUGAUUCCAUGAAGAUCAAACAUUCGCUUCAACAGAAACCAAUAAUCGAGGAAAGGCACAGCAUGCCAACUUUGUUUGUUGGAAAUCGUUUCGCUAGUUCUUCGGUAACUGAGAUUUAUAUACCUUCGUGGAAGGAUCAACAAGAAGUACAACAGCAACAACAGAAGCAGAAACCCGUAGAUAGUCCUGCCGCUAAUUGCACCAGUGUACAUUCCAGUUCGCUAGAUAUUCCCGCCUCUGAGGCAACCAUUUCCGUACCGGAUAAUGUCUCUGCAGAACUUCUAUACAAUUUCCAUAAUUCGUCAUCUGGAUCCUCGCCAGCGGUAUCAUGCAAGGUCCUUACGUCUCCACAAGACUUCCAGAUCCAUAAUCCUGAUAUUGGCUGCUUAUCCCGUGAGAUGUCACCAUUCCGUAAGCAUUCAAUAAAUUCUGAUAAAAAACUUCUGCUAAAUCAAGCUCAUCUCAGAAAGGGCAAUAGUGAGGAUCGAUCAUCUGGUCAGUCUGGUAGGAGGUGUGUCAGUUAUCAAUAUGUAAAUAUGGGAAACGUUGACCGAUCGGGUGAGAUCAGUAACAGUAGCAGUAAGAAAGGUGAUGAAGAUGAAACACCGACUCAACAAACGACACACUACAAAAAUCAUCGUCCAAGAGAACACCAUUCAAAGUGCCGUUUUUGUAGUACCAGCUCUGGAUCACGUUGUCACAGUCCGCGGUCGAGUGAUUCAGGUAUGGCCGGUAGUUGUACGAUAUCCUCACCUGAUCCUCCUAAAUUAUCAGGCCAUUUUCUUCUUUAUGAUUCAGAACAUCUGGACAAUGGUGCGGCCACGGCUACUGAAAAGAGUAGCAACCAAAAUAGUGCCCAUAGAGACAAUUCUUUGCGCCAUUCGCGUUCGAGUCACAAUAUCGGACGUUUCGCAUUACCUCGUGACAGUGAGCUAAACUACAUCGACAGUGGCCAGUUUGAUCAAAGUCAUCCAUUUCAUGAAGAUCACCAUCGGAAUAACACCCUUCGAAGCGAGGAUUCCGAGCUGGAUCCACUGACAUUCGUACGUAGUCGAAGCGAGGAACGCCAUUCAAGUGACGAUGAAGGAUCUACCAAAAAGCAGUACAUCGGACGAACUCGAAUAGUAGUAAAUCUAUACGGACAUCGGAGAACUUUUGAAUCGGACGAAAGAGGGGAUCAGAGCAAACAUAGUGAUCAGUCGCGACAAGGAACAAUCUAUAAGACUGGACUGUAUGCACAUUGGUGGAAAAAGGAAAAGCUACCCAUCUUUAUUGUUGGCCACGAUGACACGGCAGGCAAAAAGAGCAAAAGAGCUGGUGCUGCUUGUAAUCGUGAUCGUGAUCAUGUUGAUGCCGUUCGGGGUUCAGAUGUCCCCACCAACAUCCGGCAACAGCCAUCCAUCACGAGGCAGCUCCAUCACACAGCACAUGUCGCAACACAAACGCAGCCAAUCGUUCAAUCAUCAUCUGAGCUACAAUCAGGUCCAGCAUCAGCAGUCCCAAAAGCAACUUCUGGCGAACUUUGCCAGCCGGAAUUCCGAUCAAAGCCAACAGCAACCGGUGCCAAACCUAAAGGGUAUCAAAGAAAAAGCUAAUUGGAAAAUCACCAACCUCAGGCCUGCCCCCUCUUUACGGCCGGCUCUAUUGAACGGCGGGGGUGGAAGUGGAAAUAUUGGUA